CAGGUUCCCGCGCCUGGGAGCGCCGCUGCGUGCGGGUGGCCGGUCGCCCAGCGGCGGCUUUCUGGAGAGCCUGCGGAGCCCCGCGUCGGAAACGCGGCCGUGCGGUGGGCCCCGUCCGCUCUCCUCUCUCCCUGGCGCUCUGCGGAACACCGCGCCCUGCUCUGCUGUUCACUGCCAUCCUAACGGAUUAGGGUCUGAUUAGGAUUUCGAUAUAGGGUUGUCAAAAGCGUUAAAAACACCUUUCAUGUGUGAAGUGUGAAUAGUAAUGCCCGCAGUUUGGUGAGGUCCUCGUGAGAUCCUGCGUAGAGCAAGAGGUCCGAGGAACUGAAAUGUGGGGUUCCAUCGGGCUCUGUCGUGCCGUGGUCCUUUAUUCUAAUUCUGCUGCGGUGUUUCCAGAUCCCAGGGAUCUUGGCAACACGGUGAUCCACGAGCCACAGCGACAUUUUUCUCAGUGGUCGAAGCGGUCAGUAUUCCGCCAGCAGCACACCUUGGGAUCUAGUAGAACUUUCUGAGUCCUUGCUGCUGCCCUUUGCCUGUAUCCUGUAUCCCCCUUACUGCACAUAGUGUUAAGCUGGGGCUGCACCCACCGUGAAAACUUCCCGGCAACCUUUGGCGUGGCUGCCUAGUGCUGUGGACCUGCCGGCUUGGGCAGCGCCUGCGUAAGCAAGGGAUUUCAGUCAAGAGAACGAGAGGCAGAACCUCACUGCUCUGAAGUUGAAGGAGUGGAAAGUUCUUCACCAGCCCUGAGACCUCAAGGUUUGUCCAUUUGGGCCAGUCGGGGGAACGGAGUUGGGACCGGUAUUUGUGACACCAGCUACCCUUGGAAUCUUCUUUGGUCGUAUCCUAUCGAUGCAAGAUUUCACCAUGGGCAGUGGCUAUUACAACAUAGUGGCUGCUGUAUUAUUGGUCAUGAAUUUUGAGAGGACAAGAUCAAUACAGGAUUCCUGUAGUAAAUGCCCAGCUGGGACAUUCUGUGGGAAAAGCGAAGGUCAGAUCUGCAUUCCUUGUCCUCCAAAUAGUUUCUCCAGCACCAGUGGACAAAAGUCCUGUGUCAUAUGCAGGCGGUGUGAAGGUGUUUUCAGGACCAAGAAGGUGUGUUCCCCCAUCAGCAAUGCGGAAUGUGAGUGCAUCUCAGGGUUCCACUGCUUGGGGACAGGAUGUGCCAUGUGUGAACCGGAUUGUAAACAAGGUCAAGAAUUAGCCAAGGAGGGUUGUAAAGACUGUCGCUUUGGGACAUUUAAUGAUCAGAAACAUGGCAGCUGUCAACCCUGGACAAACUGUUCCUUGGAUGGAAAGUCUGUACUUGUGAAUGGGACGAAGGAAAGUGAUGCAGUAUGUGGACCGGCGUUGGCUGACUUCUCUCCAGGUACAACCUCUGCCACCAUGCCUGCCCCUGCAAGAGAUCCAGGUCGUACGCCCCAGAUCAUCGUCUCCUUCCUUGCACUGACAUCGGCUGCUGUGCUGUUCCUGGUGUUGUUUCUAGUGCUCCGUUUCUCUAUCCUUAAAUGUGGCAGAAAGAAAAUCCAGUAUUUAUUCAAACAACCAUUUAUGAGACCAGUACAAACUGCCCAAGAGGAAGAUGCCUGUAGUUGCCGAUUUCCAGAAGAAGAAGAAGGAGAAUGUGAGCUGUAAAGCAGAAAUCCAAACCGCCACUGGGCCUGUCUUGAGAAGAAUCACAGGAGAAACAUGAGUGAUCCCACCAUCAUAUCUUUCUAAAUCAAAGAUACCAUCCUAGAUAAGACUCAGGAUUACCCCUAAGUUUCCUCAAAAUGUUAGCAGAUUGGCCUUUAAAAAUGUACCCCUUUUAGCAUAUGUAUGGGACAGAGCUGGUGGGAAAGGGGCAUUUUCUAGAUAAUGCUUAAUAGGCUUCACUAGUUUGUUUUUGAAAUCCAAAGAGAAUUAUGCUUAAAAUCACACCAUGUAGCCCAAUGGUCUGGCUAAAAUGACAGUCCAAAAUCAAUACCAUUUUUUUGAGUGCUAAUAGAACAUAUGACAAGAAGCCGUAAGAUGCAAGAAAAACGGCCAACCAAAUUUUCCAUUGGUUCAGAUAUUCAACACAAUGAGUUCUACUGAUGUGAGGGGGGAUAUUAUGACAGUGCCCAGAUUUGAGGUCAAGGGAAAAAUAGCUCAGAACUUGAGGAAGAGUUUUGGAAAGAGUUCCAAUGUCUUUGCACAUCUUGUGGUCCCCUCCAUCUUCACAUCUCCUGCUUUGUACUGCUCCUCUCUGAACUGGGGCUCAUGUUUUGGUUCUUUGUGGUUGUUUAAAGUUUUUUUAUUUAUUACUGAAGUGUAAUUGAUAAACAACAUUAUAUCAGUUUCAAGUGUACAACAUAGUGGCUCCACAAUUCUGCACAUUACUCAGAGCUCGCUCAGAGUACUGUCCCCAUCUGUCACCAUACGACAUUAUUACAGUAUUACUGACCAUAUUCCUGAUGCUGUACUUUUCAUCUCUCUGAAUUAUUUAUUUUAUAAUUAGAAGUUUGUGUCUCUUAAUCCUCUUCAUCUGUUUGCCCAGUUUUGAGAUUUAGCUUAUGUGUUUUUAAAUCUUAAGAACAUUAAAAAUAAUAUCUGGUACAUCAAACUCCCACAGGCCGGAUUUGAGCGGUCAUGGGUCUCUGUAUGGCUUAUGAGCUAAAAAUGAUUUCUACAUGUUUAAAUAGUAAAAAACAAAUCAAAAGAAGACUAAUAUCUCAUGACAUGAAAAAGUAUGUAAAAUUCAAAUUUCAGAGUCCAUAAAUAAAGUUUUAUUAGAACACACAGCCACACUCAGGUCACUUUUGCAUUACAAGAGCAGAGUUGAGUAGAGAUAAGAGACUGUAAGGACCACGAAGUCUAAAGUGUUUAACAUCUGACCUUUCAUAGGGUCAGAGUCAAGAUCAGAACAUCCAUCUGUGUGUUGCUUUCCUCCCUCAUCUGCCUACAUACCCACCUGGCCCCCAGGCACCUUCCUCAGGAACGUCCCUUCCAUCCAUUCCCUUGCUU